UGUGUCCAGCGACUUAGAUCUGACACUGAUUUGGCUAUUGACCAUAAAGGACUUUCUCUGCUAAUCAGAUGUUGCUUAAAAUCCAAAGUCUGUCUGAGAACAACUUUCCUUAUCAGUUGUUCAUUUGAAAUAUAUUCUCUGCCUGGAGAUAAUUUACAUUUCUACCAAACGGAUUAACUGCUUGGGUGAGAACUGGUGAAUAUAAAGGCACACAACACUUCGAUGCUCAGUGUAAGAGGACCGGGAAACUUCUGUUUCAGUCUGAACUUUUAGGCAUAUUGAACAGAAAGUGUGCUCAAAAAGACAUGGAAGGCGAGGUGGAGGAGAGAGGACACUGGGAAAGUAAGGUGCAGUUUCUCCUGGCUGUUGCUGGGAAUGUCGUUGGUCUGGGCAAUGUGUGGAGGUUCCCUUACCUCUGCUACAAAAAUGGAGGGGGUGCAUUCUUGGUGCCAUAUCUGGUAUUUGUGGUGACCUGUGGCGUUCCCUUGUUCCUGCUGGAGACGACCAUAGGCCAGUAUACUCAGGAGGGCAGCAUCACCUGCUGGAAGAAGUUAUGUCCACUGGCAGCAGGUAUUGGCUAUGCAGGGCAGCUGAUCAUCCUCUACAGUUGUAUGACUUACAUUAUUAUUCUGGCCUGGGCGUUGCUCUACCUCGUGUUCUCCUUCAGCUCCCAGCUUCCCUGGGCCAGUUGCAACAACUACUGGAACACAGAUGACUGUGUAGACUAUUCAACAAAAAAUGCCAGCGUACCAUGGAACAAUCAGACCAACUCAACAUCUGCAGCCACAGAAUUCUGGGAACGACGUGUGCUGGCUAUCUCAGGAGGCAUUGAGGAGAUCGGCAGCAUCAGGUGGGAGGUGCUGUUGUGUGUAAUUGCUAUGUGGAUCAUCUGCUACUUUUGUAUCUGGAAAGGUGUCAAGUCUACAGGAAAGGUGGUGUAUUUCACUGCUACCUUCCCCUAUGUGAUGCUGCUAAUUCUUCUGAUUCGUGGACUCUCUCUUCCUGGUGCACUACAAGGAGUGAAGUUUUAUCUUCUGCCUGAAGCCUCACGACUCACGGAUCCUCAGGUGUGGAUGGAGGCUGGGUCUCAGAUCUUCUUCUCCUACAGUAUCGGUGUGGGAUCCCUAACUGUGCUGGGAAGCUACAACAAACUCAAAAACAAUUGUUACAAGGACUGUCUGUGGCUGUGUUUGCUGAACAGUGGUACCAGUGUUGUAGCUGGCUUUGCAGUCUUCUCAGUGCUUGGAUUCAUGGCUCAUGAGCAGGGCGUUCCCAUUGCAGAGGUGGCAGAGUCAGGUCCAGGCUUGGCGUUCAUUGCUUAUCCUCAGGCUGUAGCCAUGAUGCCUCUGCCUCAACUGUGGUCCAUCUGUUUCUUUGUCAUGCUCAUUCUCUUGGGUUUGGACACACAAUUUGUCACCAUGGAGGUGGUGAUGACGUCUAUCACUGAUAUGUUUCCUAAAGUUAUGCGCAGGGCAGGCCGACGGGAGAAGUUCCUCAUCCUCUUCUGUCUAAUAUGCUUCUUCUGUCAGCUUGUCAUGAUCACUGAAGGAGGGAUGUAUGUGUUCCAGAUGAUGGACUAUUAUGCUUGUAAUGGAGCCUGCAUCCUCUUUAUCUCUGUGUUUGAAACGCUGGCACUGGGAUGGAUAUUUGGGGCAGAUCGGUUGUAUGACAUCAUUAAGGACAUGACAGGGAUGAACGCCAACCCAUUUUUCAAAAUCUGCUGGCUCUACCUCACACCACUGGUCUCACUGGGAUCUUUUUUAUGUUCUUUAAUUGAGUACCAGCCUCUGACCUUUAAUCGCUGGUACGUGUACCCAGACUGGGCAUAUGUGUUGGGCUGGCUACUGGCCCUCUCCUCAAUCCUGCUUGUGCCUGGAUGUGCACUGUAUAAGUUGAUCACUGGGACUGGGACCCUCAAACAGCGUUGUCAUCACCUGUGCCAGCCUGAACCUGAUAACUUAUCGACCUAACAGCAAAAAAGGAAUGCUAGUUUACUAGCUGAUAUGAAGGAACGGAAGGAUCCCCGGAUACUCAGUUGUUGAACAACUGCAUUUAUGUGUCCAACAGCUUAGAUUUGACACUGAUUCAGCUACUGACUAUAAAAUCUCUUUCUCUGCGUUUUAAACAUUACUUGAAAUUCAAAGGCUUUUUCUGUUUAUUUUUGCUGUAUUAUACUGAGGAUUAAUACUAAACUUGUAAAGAAAAAAUAUCACUGCAUGUGGCAAUGGUGAUCCAAGCAGCUUUGACCUUCCCAUGUUCCCUGAAAGAUACAGAAUCAUUGGACUACUGAUUGUAUAACUGUGUUUGUAAUCUAAAAAAAAUUUUUUAAAAAUUUA